ACGAGACAACUCACCAAGUGUUUGCGGGCCUUGCGUCUCUCUCAAGUGACCACUCCCACACGCACAAAAGGAAAGAAAAGUAGAGAUUUUUAGAGAGAGAAACAGAGAGAGAGAGGCCCUUUUACUUUUUAGAGAGAGAGGGAGAGAGGGGGGGCACAAACUCAUUGAGUAGUUUAGUGGGGAUACAUUUUGAGAGAUAAGUCACUUUUUAGAGAGAGAGAUAGAGAGACAGGUAUUGGUUAGUACUAGGAGUACUAUUUCAAUUGUUUUUUGUCUUUUAAUUCGUCCAUGUUGUUGCAGUUGUUGUCGUCUUCUCCUGAAUUUCUCCAGAUUUCAACAACAACUCUGUCCGCUGUCUGUUCAGGUUAGGUAUCUCGCUUUUGGGGUACAAGGAAUUUUAGUUUGCUAUGUGCUUGCAUUGGUUGAAAAACUGCUGCAAACAGAAGAAUACAGGACUUUGACCUCAGCUGUUAAACGUUAUGCAUUGGGUUCCUUGUUUCAGAAUUCUUGAUCUUAUCUUUAAUCUUGGGAGGUCUUUGACCGUUGAUCACUCUACAUAGUAGCAUUUGUUGCACGGAACCUCCUGUGGUAUCCUGAAAUAGCUAGAUGGGUUCUAGGUUCCCAUCUCAUCAACUCAGCAAUGGCCUUUAUGUAUCAGGCCGGCCAGAACAGCCUAAGGAAAGGGCUCCAACAAUGAGCUCAGUGGCCAUGCCAUAUACUGGUGGUGAUAUUAAAAAGUCCGGAGAGUUGGGGAAAAUGUUUGAUAUUCCUGUGGAUGGCUCAAAGUCUAGGAAAUCUGGACCGAUAACCGGGGCUCCUUCAAGGACUGGAUCAUUUGGAGGUGCCGCUUCACAUUCAGGACCAAUUAUGCCUAAUGCAGCUGCUCGGGCUGCUUAUACUACAUCAGGUGCCAUGUCUUCUGGAGGAACUGGUUCAGCUUCAUUAAAAAAAUCAAAUUCUGGACCCCUAAAUAAACAUGGAGAGCCAGUAAAGAAGUUAUCUGGCCCUCAGUCAGGUGGAGUGACACCUUCUGGCCGCCAAAACUCUGGUCCCAUUCCACCUGUUCUUCCUACUACUGGUCUGAUUACAUCUGGUCCUAUAUCUUCAGGCCCUUUGAAUUCAUCUGGGGCACCUCGGAAGGUAUCUGGUCCCUUAGAAUCUAUGGGUUCAAUGAAAAUUCCAGGCUCAGCUAUUCUUCAUAACCAGGCCGUGACUGUUCUUAGCCAAGAUGAUGACUUUUCCUUCAGAAAGACCUUCCCAAAGCUAAUCUUGUGGUCAUUGAUUCUGCUUUUUUUAAUGGGUUUCAUUGCUGGUGGUUUUAUCCUUGCAGCAGUCCAUAAUGCCAUUCUCUUAAUUGUUGUUGUGGUUCUUUUUGGUGCUGUUACUUCAUUGUUCAUAUGGAAUACCUGUUUUGGGAGAAAAGCUAUCAUGGCUUACAUUGCUCGUUACCCAGAUGCUGAGCUACGAAAUGCCAAAAAUGGGCAAUUUGUGAAGAUCUCUGGGGUGGUCACCUGCGGUAACGUGCCCCUGGAGUCAUCCUUCCAAAGAAUUCCUAGAUGUGUAUAUACCUCCACAAGUUUGUAUGAGUACAGAGGAUGGGAUUCAAAAGCAGCCAACCCAACUCAUCGUCGUUUCAGUUGGGGACUCAGAUCAUUAGAAAGGCGUGCUGUUGACUUCUACAUUUCUGAUUUUCAAUCUGGAUUGAGAGCAUUGGUUAAAACUGGCUAUGGAGCGAGGGUGACUCCUUAUGUUGAUGACUCCCUUGUCAUUGAUGUCAACCCGGGUACUGAAGAGUUGUCUCCAGAGUUCAUCAAAUGGUUGGGAGAAAGAAAUCUUUCAAGCGAUGAUCGUAUUAUGCGAAUGAAAGAAGGGUAUAUCAAAGAAGGAAGCACAGUUAGUGUUAUGGGAGUUGUUCAAAGGAAUGAAAAUGUACUUAUGAUUGUCCCUCCCCCUGAGCCUAUCACGAGUGGGUGCCAGUGGACCAAAUGUAUCUUUCCGGCUAGCCUCGAGGGUAUUGUUUUGAGAUGCGAAGACACUUCAAAGAAUGAUGUCAUACCUGUGUAAUAUCAUGUGCUGUAGGCUCACUUUGCUAUUCCCUUUUUCUUUUUCCCUAUAUAAAUAUCUAUAUCGAUAGUGGUGGAAGUGAUAUGGUGCUGGCACUGAUGAUUACUGGUGAUGGAGAUAGGCAGGCAGUGUAUUCUUCUUCUUCUUCAAAUUCACUUGGUGUAUAGUUUAAGUGUUUGGUGCCAUCUUUUAUUUUAUUUUAUUUUUCAUUUUUUAAUCUAGGGCUUGAAGGUUGUGAUAUGGGGGGGUGGCUAUGAUAUUGCAGAGAAUUUUACAUGUUCGGGGGGAUUGAGAUUAUGUAAAAUAGAAAGAAAAAUGUUGUGAGAUAUCAGUAUGUCGUCUCAAAGCAGAGAUUACUUUGUCGUGAAUCAUAUCAAUGGAGCUUGUUGAUGACACUUUUUUCGAGCA